AUGACCACAUUCCAAUCCCGCUUCCCAGACUCCCCCUCGGAUGAUGAGCUGAGCAUGUCGCGCGGCUUCGCCGACCUAGACCUCAACCACCCCGCCGCACAUAUGGAUCCGGCUCAAUACUACCAGCAACCUCCUCCCCCCCCGCCGCCGCCGCCACUUAUUUCUAGUGAGGGGAUUGUAGCGUUUGAUAUUACGAGGGAGUUUAGGGAUGCUGCGGCAGCCCUUGAGCCUGGAGAACUGGUCAAGGAUGGAUACUUUACGCUGUUUGAGAGCGUUGGAGCCUUAGAGAUCAUGGAUCCCAAAAUGGACAGCGGGUGUCUCGCCCCCGGCGAGUCCCUCGACGAGGAGUAUGAUGUGACGAGGCCCCUGGAACCGAAUGAGGUGUUGGGGGUGAUCGAUCAGCUGCUGUGUCUGGAGAUGGCAUGGCAUCUAGGCUAUCCCCUAUCCCAGACUGUCUUCACAAGCGUCUACAUUGACAAGAUACUUGACCCGGCUCCUACUACCCUCGAGCAGGCCGACUUUUUCCGGGAUCGGCCUGGUGAGCAGCAGCUCAUGCACCGCGUGCUGAGGGCCUAUUGUCUCGGCCUGAUCAAGACAUGCUGGCUUGAAGAAGACUUCGUCACAAACACGUACAACCGCCCCCUGCUCGACACCAUCCCCUCCUCCGUCAUCCACACCGAGCUUCUUUCCGCCCGGGAAGCCCUCCUCCAUUCUCUCUCCGCCAUCGGUCCCGACCUUACCAACGCUUUAGUCUCCCGCCUCGACAUGCGCCUAAACUUCCUCUACGCAGUCGAGCUGAUGGAGCAACGCAGCGCCGACCCGGAGGUUCUCCGCCAGCCGUGGGUGAAGUUACAGGAGAUCUGGAAGGAGGUUGGACGCACGCAGGGGAUGGGAAAACGGGUUGCCGAGGCGUUUAGUACCAAGAUUCAGAGACGGCUGGCGAGUACCAUGCCGCCUCGGCCGAUUGUGCAGUUGGGCGGGGAGGAGAUGGUGAGAUUGUUUGGGCAGUUGUGGGAGGAUGGGGAAAGGGUGGUGGGGGUGUUGGGAUGGAGGGAUGCGCAGUCCCUGCUCAACUUCAUCCUCACCUACCACUCCCCCCUCCUCUUCCCGCGCACCCUCCUACAAUACUUUCUCUUCCACGACAUGGUCAUCCUCGGCCGACUCUCGAUCCGCCAGCUCCUGGACGACGAUCUUUCCACUCUAGUCCUCCCCUCCUCCCCUCUCCUCGACCGCGCUAACGACGCAGUCGAGCACCCGCAUCACCCACGCUACCAGCUCGCGCAGACUAUGGAACUCUUCCGUCAGCGCGUUGCGCAGUCCUAUCUGGAUGUGUUUCGCACCUGGUGUCAGAAUAGAUGUCGGGUGAGAAGGACGAUGGUGCAUGCUAUUGCGGAUUGGGAGGCAGUGCAGGCGGAGGCGGAGGAGUUUGAUGGGAGGUUGAUGGGAGUACUCCUGGAGCAAGCGGUAAAGUAUCCCCCGAUGUCGGGGGAAGAGGGACACGCGAUGCCACUGAGCAGCUGGGCGUAUCAUUAUAAAUUGAGGCUCAUGCAGUGGACGGUGUUGUUAGGGUUCGAGCUGGAGAUUUAUCAGGCUGCCGAACUGCCGGGGAUGUACUGGUAUCUGGCCUACCUAGCCGACCACCACGUCCGGCACCUCUCGGGCACACAAUCUUCCGUCGACCGGCAACUCACCGCCAACCCGCCGUUAACGCCAACCCAGCAGAAGCUUGCGGCCCGGUGUAAAUCCUUCCUACGCCUAGCACUCCUCGAAGCAAGCGCCACAUAUGCACUGGCAGACUCCCUCUCCUGCUUGUGGACGGCAAUCGAACGAAUGGGGCUGCUCCCUGAUAUUAAGCGGAAACAGAAUUUCCCUUACGGGGGGGAUGAGUUACGGUAUGAGUUGCGUAUGAGGCCUUGGGCGAGUGUUUCUCUGCCUGCACUACCUACUUACGAAGAGUUUGUGGAGAGUGUUAAGAGAGCGGAUGUGUCCACGGCCGAGCUGCUUGAGAUGGCUGUAAGGGGGGCGAAGAGGGCUGAGAAAGGGCUGGAGACGCUUGCGGGCUGGGGGACCUUUUCGGGUGCGCAAGAUGGAGGGAAAGGGGGAGGGAAGGAGAGUUAUGAAUGGGGACCGUUUUGUCUCCCUGGCUGGGGGACCGAAAGCUGGAGGGAGAAUGUGAGGAAGUGGAUGAGUGCUGCUGUGGCUGCGGGGACUGUGGUUGAGGGAUUGAAGGGGGUUGGUAAUGGAGAGGACAAGGAGUGGGUUAAGGUUGAAGUGCCUAAGGUCGAGGAGAGAUAUCAUAGUUGGUGGGUCGUUCCGGGGUUGAGUAAAGAGGGGGAAAGAGGGCAGGUAGUUUGA